UGGUAGAGCGGAGGACUGUAGUUGGUAACAAGCCAAAUAGCCAUCCUUAGGUCGCUGGUUCGAAUCCGGCAGGUCGGAAUAUCUUUUUUAGUUUUCUAAUUUAGUCAUAAUAAUAACUCAUAGUCUAAUUAUAACAUACUGUUACAAUUGAGACGCGCAUGUAAAUAUAGCAUUGUAUUAGUAUAAUCUAAACUUGUAAUAAUCAUGUUCUGUUCGACAACUUGCCAAUUUAAUUAGUUAAAAUGUCAAAACUUAUAAUUUGGUAGCUUAGUUAUUUACCUUGUCACUUACAUCGAAGCACUCUUUCAUUACCAUAAAUAAUCCUUUCAUGCUCAUAGAAACAAAACAAAUUCAAUCACAAUAUGAAACAAAAAAAUCAAUAAUCUUUAUUACAUUAAAUAAUUUCUUUUGAAUUGUUUUUGUUAACAUUGUUGUUGUACAAAAAUGAGCAUAUAUUCAAAUGAAACUUUGUUCAGCUCAGUUACAAAAUUGAAUGAAACGUGGUACCUAGUUUGUUAUCAGGCUCCACCACAUACUGUUUCAGAUGGUUUAUGGGGUGGCCAAAAAAGUGGCAGGACUCCAAUGAAAUCUUUCUUCCCCCUGUUUGAGUUGCAAGUGCUUAUCAUUUUUGUACUCACCCAAAUAUGUUGUUUCCUUCUCAAACCCUUGAAACUCCCUCAAUUCAUUUCCCAAAUGAUGGCUGGUGUGAUUCUAGGUGCUUUAUUUCAUCUAAAGACAGUGGACACAUACAUGGACAAAUUAUUCCCAUAUGGAACUCAUGACGUCAUUUCAUCAAUUUCAUCAAUUGGUUUUGUAAUCUUCAUUUUCAUAAAUGGUGUUCAAAUGGAUUUCAGCAUGAUAACAAGGACAGGAAACAAAGCAUGGACAAUUGCCAUAGUUGGAUUAGUAGUACCAUUAUUUGUUGGUUUUGCACCAAUACUCACAUUCCCUGAAAAACUAGUAGCCAUUGAAAAAGCCAAUGGCCAGGGAAUUUACGUUGCAUUAGUAUCACAUAUUAUAAGUUCAUUUGCUGUUAUUGCUUCUUGCGUAAGUGAACUUCAAAUCCAAAACUCUGAGCUUGGUAGAUUGGCAUUGUCAUCAGCUUUGGUUUCUGACAUAUUGAGUACUAUCAUGACAACAACUGGUGUUACUAUUGUGAGUACUCCUGAUAUGGAAGUUGUUUCAAGAAACUUGUUCUCACUUUUCACACUUGCUGUGUUUAUUCCAUUAAUAUGUAGGCCAAUAAUGUUUUGGAUCAUCAAACAUACACCUGAAGGAAGACCUGUUGAAGAGGGUUAUAUUUAUGUUAUCAUUGCUAUGGUUUUUGGUUUAGGUGUUUUUACAGUUAAGAUUGAUCAACAAUUUGUAUUAGGAGCUUUCAUUUUGGGAUUGUCUGUGCCAGAAGGACCUCCUUUAGGAUCUGCAUUGGUUAAGAAGCUUCAAUUCUUCGGUACAUCGUUCUUUUUGCCCAUUUUUGUGACUACUUCUGUGUUGAAGGCAGAUUUUUUCAUAGAUUUUUCAUCAUCUGUUGUGGUGUCUGUUGGUAUGGUGGUGCUUUUUAUUCACUUGGUCAAAAUAGCAGCAUGUUUUGUAACUGCACUCUGUUGCAAUAUGCCUGUCACUGAUGCUUUGUCACUUUCGCUUAUUUUGAACACCAAAGGCGUCGUGGAAAUCGGCAUCUACAAUUCCUUAUACGACAAUAAUAUUGUUGAUGGCCAAACAUAUGGAAUAUUGAUGAUAAGUAUAAUGAUCAUAGCAACCAUUGUGCAAUGGACGGUGAAGUUAUUAUAUGAUCCUUCAAGAAAAUAUGCAGGCUACCAAAAAAGGAACAUGAUGAGCUUAAAACACCACUCAGAUCUAAGAAUACUAUUAACUAUUCACAAACCAAACCACAUUUCAGCAGCAACAGAUUUCCUAGACCUAUGUUGUCCAACACAUGAGAAUCCCAUCACAGUUGAUGUACUUCAUCUAAUUGAGCUAGUUGGAAGAGCAUUACCAGUUUUCAUUCCUCAUUGUCUUCAAAGACAAGCAUCACUAUCCGCUUCACACAAAUCAUACUCAGACGAUGUCAUCGUUGCUUUCGAUAUCUAUGAGCACAACAAUCCACAUGCUGCAUCAGUUUACACUUACACGGCUAUAUCUCCAUCAAAUCUCAUGUUUGAAGAUGUUUGCAACCUUGCAUUGGACAAAGUUGCAUCCAUGAUAAUUCUUCCAUUUCAUAUAAGAUGGUCUAGUGAUGGUGUAGUUGAAUCUGAUGACAAGAAAACAUUAAGAGCAAUGAAUCACAGAGUUCUUGAAAUAGCUCCAUGUUCUGUUGGAAUCCUCGUAACACGCGCUAAUUCAAAACAAACAGGAACAUCCACCAUAUCAUCGACAUCAUCAUCAACAACAGAAUAUUCCAGUACUACUCGAUUAGCUGUCAUUUAUAUCGGUGGAGCUGACGACGAUGAAGAGAUUUUAUGCUUAGCAAAACGUACGAUGAAUAACCCGAGGAUCAACCUAGUUGUUUACCACCUUGUUGCUAAAGAUUGCAUGGCAGAAUUGGAAGAUUUAAUGGUAAUUGGAGAUGAAAUGUUACAAGAAGUGAAGCAUGCAGAAAAUGUGAGGUAUCAAGAGAUAUUCACAAAAGAUGGAUCACAAACAGCUUGUUUUCUACGUGAAAUAGUGAAUGAACAUGAUUUUUUUAUAGUUGGAAGAAGACAUGGAAUUCAUUCUCCUCAAACUGAGGGACUAACUGAAUGGAGUGAAUUUCCUGAACUUGGUGCUAUUGGUGAUUUUCUUUCUUCACCUGAUCUUAAUAGUCGUGCAUCUGUUUUGGUUGUGCAGCAACAACUCUCUAUCAAAACGGAAUUGAAAGGGUGGAUUUUGUAGUUGAAAUGUAUACAAGGUCAGGACAUAAUCCACCUUCUAUUUCUGUGAUGAAAUUUAUGUAUAUUCUAUUUAAGAGAAAUUAUUAGUUGUUAGAAAAGGAUUGUCACAUUUUAAUUUCUUAUCCUCAUGUGAAUAUUGAGGAGUUAGCUAUAUACAUUUGCUUGGAUCUUUAUAUUCUAAAUGUUGAUGUUCAUGUUAUUGAAAAUGCCAUGGAAUUGAGAAAA